UCCGCUUAGCCAGAGGUGGUUUGGUUUCCCCGAUGUAUAAAUCCUCUACUGUUCAGCUGGCUCACAGCUAGGGGUCCUGAGACAGAUGCCCUCUGUCCAUUGAAGAUGAGGCUUUAAACUUUCUUUUGGUUCCCUUUUUCUAUAGUUAGGGCUAGAUCAGGUGACCCUGAACUCACCCUUGGAGAUUUGGGAUCAUCCACUGUGAGCUUCUCUUUUAGUUCCCACUUUUUAUACCUGAAUAUUAUUGAUAUGACAGUAUUACAUAUCAUUAAUUGUCGAAUUUCUCCUGCUGUUUAUAUGUUGUCUUUUUUGUUGUUGUUGCUGUGGUUGUCUCCAUAUGCUAUUAUUUUCUAGCUCCACUUUCCCCUUGACAACCAAGCCAUUCACAUAGAAAACUGAUUAUAAAGAAUAUUUUAAUUAUGUUCUCUCUCUAAUGGUGUAAAGUCUUUUCCUUUCAGUAUAAAGCAUCUUGAGACGGCUACAGGCAUGAACUGGUGUUAAAUAUAUACAACUGAAGUAUUGAAUUGUAAUCUGGAAGUAAAACAGUAGUGAAUAUGGCAAUUACUGCACAAUCAACAUGACAGAAAUAAAUCUAGGUACAAUAUUUGCCUGAAAAGAAUUAGGUUUUACAUCGUGUAACAUUUAGUUUGGUACAUCUCUAAUAAAUGAAGAGAUCAGGGUGAUAGAUAAAUAUCUGCCACUGUGCAUGUUUGUUUUUCUCUGUACGGCAGGAGAAUGUAGCUGUCAUGAGGGUUAUUCCCCUGAUCCCGUUCAUAAGCAUCUCUGUGUGCGCAGCGACUGGAGUCGCAACGAAGGUCCAUGGCCAUAUGCUAACUUGGAGAAAGGGUAUGACCUAGUUACAGGAGAACAGGCCCCGGAGAGAAUCUUCAGAUCAUUCUACAGUCUGGGCCAAGGGCUGUGGCUGCCUGUCAGCAAAAGCUUUGUUGUGCCACCGGUGGAACUGUCAAUCAACCCCAUUGCCAGCUGUAAGACAGACGUGUUGGUUACGGAAGAUCCAGGGGAGAUCAGGGAAGAGGCCAUGAUGUCCACAUACUUUGAAAAUGUAGAGGACCUACUGGCAUCUUUUGGACCUGCCCGUGACUGCUCUAAAGAUAAUGGUGGCUGCAAAAAGAAUUUCAAGUGUGUGUCUGAUCGACAGUUAGACUCAUCUGGGUGCAUGUGUCCUGAGGGGCUGAGGCCAAUGAAGGAUGGCUCAGGUUGCUAUGACUACUCCAGGGGCAUUGACUGUACGGAUGGCUUCAAUGGAGGUUGUGAACAGCUGUGUCUCCAGCAGCUUGUGCCCCUUGAAGAUGACCCAAGUUCCAGCAACGUACUCAUGUUUUGCGGAUGCGUACAAGAGUACAAGCUGGCAGGCGAUGGGCGCUCCUGUCUCCUGCAGUCAGACAACUGUGAUGGACCAAAAUGCCCUAAGCAGGAUGUCUACUUCAAUGACACCCUGUUUGGUGAGAUGCUGCAUGGAUACAACAACAAAACCCAGCAAGUCAACUUGGGACAGAUAUUCCAAAUGACCUUCCGGGACAAUAAUUUUAUUAAGGACUUUCCUCAGCUUGCUGAUGGUCUCAUGGUUAUUCCUUUACCGGUAGAGGAACAGUGUCGAGGAGUCUUGUCAGAGCCCCUGCCCAACUUGCAGCUACUCACAGGGGAUGCCCAGUUCAGCGAGGCUGUUGGGUACCCUAUGGUUCAGCAGUGGAGAGUGCGCAGCAAUCUGUACAAAGUCAAACUCAGCUCUAUUACCCUAGCUACAGGCUUUUCUAAGGUGCUGAAGACACUGUCAACAGAGAGCACACGUGACGAGCUGCUGGCUUUUCUUCAGCAAUAUGGCAGCCAUUAUGUGUCUGAAGCCCUGUAUGGCUCUGAGCUCAGCUGCAGCAUUUACUUCCCCAGCAAGAAGGCCCAGCAGCAGCUCUGGCUGCAGUACCAGAAAGAGGCAACGGAGCAGGGUAUUGGUGGAGGCGGGCGUCGUGAGCUGAAGUCACUUCCCUUCAUCAGCUACCUGUCGGCGCUGCAGAAGAGCCAGCUUUUAUCUGAUGACAUGGUGAAUGGUGUGGAGAUCCGCUGUGAAGAAAAGGGCAGCUGUCCAGCUGGCUGCCACCUAUGCCAUCACCAGGCCAUGAUGGGCGGAGUAUCGGGAAGAGGCCGCACUGGUAACAGCAGGACUGGUGAACAGCCUUCCCCCAUCCCUGUUCUGCUGGAAGUCAGUCGCGUCGUGCCCCUUUACAGCUUGGUCCAAGACAACGUCACCAAAGAGGCCUUAAAGAGUGCCACAAUGAGCUCAUACUGGUGUGCUGGAAAGGGCGAUGUCAUCGAUAACUGGUGUCGCUGUGACCUGAGUGCCUUCAGCAAAGAUGGCCUGCCUAACUGCAGUCCCCUCAGGCAGCCGAUUUUGCGCCUAUCCCCUUACCUGGAGCCCUCAAGCACAAUGGUCGCCCUGGAGUGGAUGGAUGUGGAGCCUCUGAUUGGCUGCAAAGUUUCUGACUACAUCAUCCAGCACAAACGAGUAGAGGAUCCCUCAGAGGCAGAGAUCUACACAGGUGAGGUCCUGAGCUUGAUGGAUGAUCUGUUUUCUGGUUUGGGUUCAUCCUGUGUUGUUGCUGGGAGGAGGAGUGGAGACCAUCCCCACUCUGUGCUAUAUUCAGUGGUCUUCAAGUGCCUGGAACCCGACAGCCUCUACAAGUUUACUCUCUAUGCAGUGGAUAGCCGAGGUAGUUACUCUGAAUCAAGCUUUGUCUCAGUACGGACAUCUUGUCCAGUGGUGGAUGACACGCGAGCAGAAGAAACUGCAGACAAGGUGUACAACUUGUAUAAUGGCUACACCAGCGGCAAAGAGCAGCAGAUGGCCUACAAUUUGCUGAUGGAGAUUCCUCCUCCACUGCUCUACAGAGUCCAGCAUCACUACAAUUCUCAUUAUGAAAAAUUCGGAGACUUUGUCUGGCGUAGCGAGGAUGAGCUAGGCCCCAGAAAAGCCAACCUCAUAUUACGUAGGGUGGAGAAGAUUAGCCUCUAUUGCCGGUCCCUCCUGCGCAGCACCCACAUCCAGAGCCGCACCGACACCAUGGCAUAUGUCUACUGCCGGAGUGAAGAGGCACGACCUCCCACCAAUAUGUGGCAUGGCUCUUUACAUGACAGUCGCACUGCCUGCAUGGAAAAGCUCAUUUCUGUACAGCGUAACACAUACAGCAGCACCAAACUCCGAUGAGACAGGAGUUACGAAAUGAGCAGUUCGUCUUUUGUUUUUUUCUUUUUUUUGCAAAAUGACAUCACUGAUUGAUGUACCUCUUCAGUACACUCUGCAGCAGUUGCCUCUCACUCGACUGUUGCAUUUUGCAAAUCGAUUGAGGCUGAAAGAAAAAAAAAACUCUCACAGGACUUCAUUCACUGGACGUUGUGUUAAAGCUACCGAAAAAAAUAUUUUUGUGUGGCCUACUUUUAUUAUGAGAAAGAAGAUUAUCCCAGAAAAAAAAAUCCCUGACAUAUUUCUCCAGUGAUGCCAGUGAUUGCACAUAUCAAUGAGAGACUGCAGAGUGAACAUGUAAAAUAUUAUUCAGACAAAAGAAAACUGGUUGACUUAAAUACUUUGAAUGUAAAAUCAUAGUUCCUUUUUGGUGCUUUGAAGCUUUCCUGGUACACUUAAAAGAAAGAGGAAAAAAAGGAAAUAUCCAUAGUAUAACUUAUUUGCCUUUACUACCUUCAUUCGAAAGGAGAAACUGAACUGUGUUAAAGCCAAAAUCACUUACUUGUUUUUAAGUUCACAUUAAUUAAGAAGAAUAACUACACUUUGCUUCAGGAAUUUAAAAUCGGUAAGUGAGAAAGCAUGUAGUUUGACUUACAUGACCUUCGAUUGAUUCACUUGAAACAGCAAGGACUUGUGUGGUAACAGGAUUGAUAUUUGCCUAGUGAAAUUAUUAUGCAAGACGGAGUAGGUGGCAUUCAGACAUUAUAUCCAGACUUUUGAGUUAGCUUUAAUUUUAUUGCUGAAAUGAAUGAAUCAUUUUCUUGUAUGACUUUCUCGAACUGCAGUACCUAUAGCCAUGUUAUAUUACUUAAGUAAUAUAAGACUAUUAGUAUUAGUAUAAAGAAUUCUGAUACUGGGGCGGUGGAUGAAAUCGAAUCUUAUAUCUAGACUUUUGCAAGUUCAUGUAAUGUGUUUGUAAUCUAAUGAUAAGUUAUUGCUUGUGACUGAAACACGACUUGUCAUUGUAGCAUAAGUCCUGCAAAUUGGAAAUAUACGAGACGCAUAUAAGAGAAGCAGUAACAGACCUAAGAUUAUAUCAGAUCUAAAGCUAAAACUGAAAAUGUUAACUGGUUUUCAAAAGUUCUGCCCUCACAGCAGAAUUUAUACAUUUUUUAUAUUUUUGUUUUUGCAGAUAAAUAUAGCAAGCGUGAUAAUAAAGCUGUAGAUCUGACCAACAUUUUCCCAACAGUAGAAAACAGGACAAUUACUGCUGACACAGAUGUAAACAUGAGGUACUGUACACUGAAAUGUGAAGAAUCAGUGAUUGUAGGAAUCACAUGUGGUCUGUUUAAUCUUCUUGUUUUUCAGUCCAAUAACAUAUCUUCAAAGCCAUGGAUAUUGUUUAACUGAAGAUAAACAAUGCCUUUUCAAUAUGUUCAUCUCAUGUUGUAUGAAUUGUAAUAAUAAAUUAUUAUAUUGUAAAUUUUCAAUUGUAAAAAAAAAUAUGUGUAUUAUUAUGUGGCUUUGUCUUUUUCUGAAGAAUGUGAAAUAUAAAAAAACAACAUGUAUAAAAUGAGAGGAUCUUUCUUUUUCCACUACAACAGACUUAAUCGUUUAGAUUUAGACCUGGGUCUCAGACAGAUCUGAACCACUUACUCAGUCAUCGUGAGUGGCUAAAACCCACAACAAACAUGUAUUCCAAUUUUUUUUGCCACAUCUGCAAAUAAAAUGUUUUCCUUGUGUAUUUGAUUUUUUUAU